UCAGACAGAGCCGUAGCUCAGGCCAGCUAACAUAUCAGCAGGCUAAAUGGAUAUUACAAAGUAAUUACUCACCAAGAUUUAAGCUCUAAAUCGAAUUUCAAAUCCCUAAGUGUGUACGGGAGAGCCGUAAAAAGCUGCUAAGGGGAGCACAGUAGUAAGACUUGCGCGCGUGUUCUGUUUUCUUGAACUUAAUAUGAAAAUUUCACGGUUCUUUUUCAAGUGCAGUGACACAAACCGAGCGUGAGAGUCUACAGUGCAGAACCAAUAGUGGUGAAGUUCGUAAAGACAGAACAGUGGUGAGAAAAUUAUUCGAAAUGCUCGUUCCGGCUGAUGCAUCGGUCAGUGGAAGCACUAAGCUGGUUGCUGCCUUAGAACAAUUCUACGGUGAGCAAGUAGCUAAAAGGAGAGUUGUGGUAGGCAAGCGAGUUGAAGAAGUGGUUCAGGUUGCACACGAUCUCAUGAAACACGUCGAGGCUCAAGAGCCCCGAUGUCUAUCCACCCUGACACAGGCAGGCGGGCGAUGGGAAGGUCUGAAAAUUCACAGUCCAGGAGAAUAUCAAGUUACCAUAUACCUCAAUCAAAUGGGCGAAUUUAAUCUGGUCGACGAUGGUUCAGUUCCAGGGAGCGCGGUGCUCAAGCUCAGCGAUGGCAGGAAACGAUCAAUGUCAUUGUGGGUGGAAUUUAUUACCGCCUCAGGCUACCUAUCGUCGCGUAAAAUGCGUGCAAGAUUCCAGACUCUGGUUGCUCAAGCCGUAGAAAAAUCACAAUAUCGCGACCAGCUUCGUAUGGUGGGAGGAACGUCUGAAGUCAGAGUUCGAAUACGAGAUACAUACACCCUUGAUAUGGUGCUAGCAUUCAAAUGUUACGGAAUAUGGCCUCGCAGUGCGGCUCAUUGGCCUGAACCAACACUGCCGUGGCCGGGAGUAGAACAAGCAACCGAAGUCAAAAUGUCUGGCUUCACGCUUGUGUCCAGAGAUUGCUCACACCUAGCCAGAGACAAGGAGAAGGACAAACAAGAAGCUGCGAUCACAGCAGAAGGAGACACUUGGGUGAUGGUUUUUGCGGAGGCUGAAGACCGCCUGCUUACCCAAGGAUGUCGUAAAAAAUGUUUAGGAAUUUUGAAAACGCUUCGUGAUCGUCAUUUGGAAUUGCCAGGCAACCCAGUGAGCGCCUUUGUAUUGAAGACACUCGUGCUGUACGAGUGCGAGAAGCAUCCUCAUGAGUGGGAAUGGGACACCUUAAGCUUAGGUGAUAGAAUCAACGGAAUUCUCUUACAAUUGAUCUCAUGUUUAUUAUGCCGUCGUUGCCCGCAUUAUUUUCUUCCGCAAGUCGACCUAUUCAGAGGAAUACCUCGGCAGAGUUUAAUGCAAGCUGCUUCGCAAUGCUGGCGACUAACAAGGGAUCUGCUCACAAGAACGGAAUACCUGCAGCAAUGUUAAAGCCAUGAAAUAAAC